UACAAUUCCUGGUUAUAUUUUAUGUUUUAAGUUUGUGUGUAUAAAUUUGUUUUUUUCUAGGGAAACACACUAUCUGGGAUCACAUCCUCCUGACGUGAAAAGUGAAGUGCAGGUCAUGUUACGUGAACACAUAGAUAUAGAUAAAUUGUUAACACUGAGGAGGACGAUUUUGAAGUUGGGAUUAUCUUCUAAUAAAACCAUCUUACCGUAUGACGUCAAUAUCGACAGGCGCAAAAAUAUAUCAAUCAAAUCAACAUGUGCAAUUAUAGGAAGCUCGGGAAUAUUAACGGACAGUGGGUGUGGCCACGAGAUAGACGGGCACGAGUUUGUAAUUCGUGAAAACUUAGCCAAAACUAAAAGCUUUGGGAAUGACGUCGGCAGGCGAACAGACCUGAUGACGUCAAACAAAGCGUUGACAGAAGUUUUGGAUCAUUGCUUGAGGGGUGUGGAGGUAGAUUGUUACGAAGAAUAUCACAGUCGUCUUAAUGCCCUUAAUGAUGCUUACUUUUUGAUUAUCACCUUCCAUGAUUGGCAGAAAUUUGACAAGAAACGAUUUCGAAAGUUCAUUGGACGAGCUAGAAAUGAAAAGCUAUCAUUGGACAUUCGUAUACCAAACAAGCCGAUAAAACCAGUCAUAAGAGCGUUAUGGAGUCUAAAAAAUGACGCUUCUAGUGGACUAAUGAUCUUUACCAUAGCAACGACAUUCUGUGACCGGAUUUCUCUUUACGGAUUUUAUCCAUUCCACAUUGGCCCCCAUGGUGACAGUCUACCAUACCAUUACUACGACAGGGGUACGUGGAAAGGUGUGCAUAAUCUGGAGAGCGAAUACCAGGUAUUCCAGAAAUUACACAAUGAAGGAAUAGUUAGACACGUGACUGAUAAAUGCAGGUGACGUAAUGGAUCAGGCUCGUCGGUAGACAGGGCCUUGUAAAAACAACCUUGUUUUAUUGCUGCGAAGCAGCCAAUUCAUAUUCUUGACAGCAAUUUGACCUCUGAAAGGUCAUUGUUUGUCAAAAGACGAGUGUAAAAGACGAGUGCCUAAGACGACUGAAAAGCGGAGUUUCCU